AUGCCGUCUGGAAGAUCGCGCAGAAACAGGGCACCGCCACAGGAGCCGGGCAGGCCUCUGGUCAGUGUUUCUUCCGGUGGCUCUGCUUUUCACGUCGCACAGCUUCAACAGGUGUUGCAGGCUGGUGCUUACCAGAACAGUUUUGUCCAACCGGGUUUUCAGCCUGCUCCAUUUUAUUAUACACCUGCACAAGUGUAUUAUCAGCCCACCUUUCAGCCUGUUGUUCAGGCACCUGCACCUGACCUUCGACAGACUCAGAGAGCCCCGGCCGGAAACAGAGGUCGCGCGGGCGGGGCACACCGCGGGAAUAAUUACGAGAAUGCUCCGGUGCGGUUUCCACGUAACCAGGUUCCUAUCAAUUUUGAGAAUGUGCCAAAGGCAUCUGGCUCUAAUGAAGAAUCCCCUUGGACUAAAAAGAACCUUUACGCCAUGGUGAAGGCUUUUGUGGAUAAUCCCGAUGCCAGCGAAAUGUCGUUUCCCCCAACACUGACGGCAGCGGAACGCCAUAUGGUGCACCAGGCUGCGCUGAAUUUCAAUUUACACCAUCAGUCGUCGGGAAGUAAAACGGAACGCGUAUUAACACUAAGAAAAAUUGGGAGCAUAACAGAACAAAGAGAACAACAAGAGGUGGCAGCUCUAGAUGGAAUUCGUGUGAAAACAAUAGAUGGGUAUCAAGGGGCUCAAAUGCUUCCUGAUGAUUACGUAAAGGAAAAAGUACAUGAGAUCAGGGGUUUAGUAAAACCUCUUCUUACGAAAAUGUACAAACAUUUGAAGGCGACAGUCACUAAGACAUCAAGAACCCGCCAUUUGGCUGUUGCGCAGCCGGGUCUGAACAGCGUGCCGAAGGGGAAUGUUUCACCUCAAAGAUACGAAGAAUUGCAACAAUUCCGCCACUCAUUACCUUCGUACAGACGAAAAGAUGAAAUUGUUGCUGCUGUUAGAAAUAACAAUGUCGUUAUUGUUAGUGGAGAUACGGGAUGUGGUAAAACAACUCAGAUACCUCAAUUGUUGUACGAUGCCAAUGUCUUUCCAAAAGAUUUGGAGAUAAUUUGCACACAGCCUCGAAGAAUAAGUGCACUCUCUGUCGCACAUCGUGUUUCAGAGGAACGUGGUGAGGCCUGCGGUGAUAGCUGCGGCUAUGUUAUCCGCUUCGACAAUAUGACAAGUUCAAAUACCAAAAUUGUUUACAUGACAACCGGUAUAUUGCUGCGUCGUCUGCACACAGAUCCACAGCUCACUGGUGUUUCAUGUGUUUUCGUUGACGAGGUUCAUGAAAGAGAUGUAGAGACGGAUUUCUGCCUAUUGUUACUCCGUGACAGACUAUUGGAACAACAGAGAAACAGUCAAACGUACAAAAAUCAUGUAAAAGUGGUAGUUAUGUCUGCUACUGUACAGAUAGAGAAAGUGACAUCUUACUUCGGCAAGGUGAAUGCCGGCAAAACACUACCUGUCAUCAGCAUACCAGGAACUUUGUUUCCCGUUGAAGAGCAUUUUUUGGAAGAUGCCUUGAAGUGGGUUAACAUGCCGCCUUCCGCCGUUCCCGCUAUGUCUUUGCUAGCUCCUGCCUCUGAAAAGAAGGGUGAAAAAACCAAUGGGGAUGCGGGGGAUAAGUGGGCACUCUACGAACAAAUAAAAGACCGUGUUUUUCAGGAAGUAGACCGUGACCCAGAAGCCCUUGUACCCUAUGAACUUGUAUUCAAGCUGAUUGCAUACAUUCAUGGACGUUCCAAGGACUUAACUGAGAGCAUAUUGGUUUUUCUUCCAGGAUGGGCAUCUAUUAGCCGCGUCUCCAGUAUGAUUCAACGUUCUCCCAUUGCUAGAGAAUUAUCUGUUCUACAGCUUCACUCAAGUUUAACAGCAGCAGAACAACAACGUGUCUUUUAUCGUCCUCCCAAGCGGUAUCGCAAAGUAGUGCUUUCAACUAACAUUGCAGAGGCAAGUAUUACAAUUGAUGAUACUGUUUACGUCAUUGACAGCUGUUUAACAAAGGGGACAUCUUACGACCCCACUGGAAACACUUCUUCUUUGAAGGCCACCUACAUUGGUAAGGCCAAUGGUCUCCAGCGUCGUGGUAGGGCUGGACGUUGUAGGGCGGGUAUGUGUGUUCACCUCCUUCCGAAGUCAGCGUACAAUGCCUUACCUGACUUUCUUUUACCAGAAAUCAUGAGGACGCCUCUAGAGGAGGUUUGUUUGCAGGUGAAAGCCUUGAAGCCCGACGAAGCUUGUGCGAAGGUGCUGAGUCGUGCCCUUGACUCACCGCCUGAGAAUUCAACAGAACAUGCCGUUAGAUUCUUGAGGGAUAUGGGUGCGCUUACGCAUGAAAACGAGCAAUUAACCAGUCUGGGCCGGGCACUUUCAAAGCUACCUAUUCAUCCACUCUUGGGAAAGAUGCUGCUUGCAGCUGCGUGUUUGGGGGUACUGGAGCCUGUUGCAACAAUUUCAGCAUAUCUUUCUGGAAAGUCUCCAUUUAUCAAGCCGCUGCCUCACCAAAAGAACGGAUUACGGCAAGCAAUGGAUACUUUUGAUGACGGUUCUUUAUCAGACCACAUAUGCGCCAUGAAUCUCUUUAAUGGGUGGAAGAAAGCCAAUUGCUCUGAAGACUACGCUGUACAACAUUUUGCAGAUCACGCCACAUUGCGCUCCAUGGACCGCAUUCGAAGACAGCUACUACGUCUCGUGGAGGGCUCUUCAUUGCUACGAAGAAUUAAGGAUCCCAUGCGGGUGGCUUCUCGACACUCCAACAAUGUGGGGCUCAUUCGUAUGGUUGCUCUUUGGUCGCUGUAUCCUCGAAUUGCGUCCAUAGAAUAUCGGGCGGCGCGCAACAGGAAAAGACCCGAGGUUUUCUGCUGGGACAACAAGAAUGCACAGUUUACUAUGGGGUCUGUUUUGGCAAUGCGGAACAAGGACAUUUUCGCUGACCGAGCGUUUGUUUUCUACAAUGAGCGCAUGCAACUUGAGGCGAACCUGACACUUUUUGAUGCCACUUCGGUUACACCUGUGGAAACAGCCUUGUGUCUCCGCGAGCUCACAGUAAGGCCACUCUCUGAAGUACCACCUGCGUUCCUCAACGAUGAAGAAAGCAAGAUGGGGCCUGCGUUUCCGUUCACUUUAGAAACAGAAGAAGAAAUGAAAACGCAUGCAGCGCUUUUUUUUGAUGGGGAUAAGAAGAUAUACAUCACCUCCAUGCCUGUGGCGUUGGCAGUACGUGAGGUAAGAGAAUGCAUGGACUAUUAUCUCGCAUUGGCCAUUAAAGAGGUACGGGCUGAUCUCUUCCCCGAGGAGUUGACACAGGCUCUCGCAUACACCGUUGGGUAUCCUCUAAAGGAGGGCACAGGUGCAGAUGUGGGAAAAACUCCAGAUAACACCACAAUGGCAUCUGGAGAGAAUGCUCGAACCGAAAUGUCCAUUGCAAACCGCGGUGGCAGCUACUGGGCUGAUGAUUCUGUUGAUGAGGAAGAAGCACCUGAGAUAACCAUGGAUGAUUUCGAAGAUUUUCAACUGACAGAGGAGGAGAUGAAACGUGCUGCUGCUGAACUUGGAGAAUUGGCUCUUUUUAAUCGCUACGGUGGGGCGCGUCUACUCGGAGCAUUUCAGAAGGGUGAGGAACUCCGGCAGGGUCAACUUGACGGACAAAAAUCAGAGAAAGAUAAUAACACGGACACAAACGAAGAGGAGGAGGACAGUAAUGCUAAAGCUAAUGAUGUUGUUGAUGAUGAUGAUGAUGACGACAGUGACGAUGUUAUUGUUGCCCAAGCGGGUGAGCUGGUUAUUGAUGAGGACAGGUGGUGA